AUGCCUAGAACAAAGAGGCCUACUAAAAAGCAAGAUAAAUCUAUUGAAGACGACGAUGCUCUGAAGAAAUUAAACAAAAUGGUGUUAGACCAGAAGAAUAAAAUUGACGCAAAAGCUCAUAUGGAGAUUAGGAAUAUUGAGUUGGCAUUCAAAAUAUUAUUGGGUUCGAUCAACAACACAUAUUUACAAAAGACUGUCGGCCAGUUGAAAACAGAGCUCCAUUUGAAGGAAGUCACAAAUGUAACACAUUCCGAUCGAGCGGCAUCUCAUGAUGACGGCUACCUCACGGAGAACUCUUCGCAGGACUCUGGUGACAGGGGAACAAAGAAGAAACAUCUUGCGGUCCCGUCGACUGGUCGGUCGACCGGUCGUCGCUCGCGGUCUGCGGACGCGUCGAGCCGCAAGCCGCCGCCGCCGGCCUCGCGUACUACGCAGCGGCGACGCUCCCGCUCCGUGUACCGCACGCCCGCCUACAAUAAGAACGCACUGGUCAACUAUCCCGCUAUCACGCCGAAGUGUGCCCCACACACGCCGCUGACGGUGCUGCGCCAGCCGCGCCAGGGGGAGAUGGUGGUCUCCAUGUCUGGAUCUCCUGUCAUGGUGCCCUCGUUUAAUAAUAUGCAGCCAGAAGAAAAGGCUAAUUGCAACAUCAUGCUACAGGACGGCACCAUGCUGUCUCUACAACCGAAGCAGCUGCGACAAUCUCAAGCCUACAUUCCGUUCUCGUUGAUGGGCUCGAAUGUUCUCGAACAGUUGAAAACUCUCAAAGAGAACCUCGACAAAGUGGUCACACUAGGGGAGAAGCAGAUCAAGACGUGA